AAUUGAAUUUGACAGUUUGUAUCAUUUGAAAUGCAUUUCACACAAACACUCACCAUUCGAUGGACGCAUAGCAAAUUUCAAAUGAAAUUUUACUGUUGAACACCGAAAAUUGAGCCAAAUAGCUAUCAGUGUUGAUUAUUUUUCUUACGUGUAUAUCUUAAAUAUUUGGUGAACCAUGUCUGAGCUCACGGAAAAUAUCAAAGUUUUUGUUCGUUUGAGACCCAUGUCCAGUUCGGAUAUUCGAAAGUUUGUUCAUGUGGUGUCUGACCAGGAGAUAGCGUUGAGCUCGAAUACAUACACGGAGUGCAAAUACAAAUUCAAUGCCAUUUUUCCCGAAUACAUUCAUCAAGAUGAAGCAUACAAUGUGAUUUUGGUGCCAAUCGUUCGUGACAUUAUUCAAGGUUAUAGCUGCACACUUUUUUCGUAUGGUGCAACACGAGCCGACACACCGAAUAUUAUCGCAAAUCAUUCAAAUUUGGUGUCGUCGACGCCGAUUUUAGCGCCAACAUCAGUGAACAUGUCAAAAAUACCACCACCACCACCGCCGCCGCCAACAGUUAAUAAUGAUACGAUGAACGCUCUUGUUUCGUGUGCUAUGUACCGUCUGUUUGAGCAUUUAACCCAGUUGGAGCUCAGUUCAUCUGUACGAAUUUCAUAUUUGGAAAUUCUCGACGAAGAACUUGUCGAUUUGUUACAGCCAAAUGCGGCUGGUAGCGGUAUCAAUCAGUUGAAAAUUUUUGAAAAUGACAAAAGUCAAGUGUACGUAAAUGGUUUAACAGAAACAACAGUGCACAGUGCAGCCGAAGCAUUAAUGAUCCUUCGACUGGCGCAGAAAAAUGCACGCUCCCCAAAAUCCCAUUCGAUAUUCACCAUUUCAGUUCAAUCGAAGGAGAAGCCAAAAUUUCAAGUUGAAGAAAAUGAAGAGCUGUUCAAGUAUCGUAAAAUGUGUUUGGUGCAGUUGGGCAGCCAAGAAAGUCAGAAAAAACAAGCACGUGCCAAAACCGUACAAUCACUCACCAGUUUAAGUCGAGUUGUUCAAGCACUUAUCAAUAAACAAACGUAUAUUCCGUAUCGCGAUUCGAAAUUGACGCGAAUCAUGCAAGAAUCACUUGGUGGCAAUGCGAAAACAUCAAUUGUGGCCAGCAUUGCAUCAGGUAGUAGCGCCAUCGAAGAGACAAUUCAAACAUUGGAAUUUUUGAAUCGUAUGAAUCGCAUUGUGAAUCAUCCAAAAAUUAAUGAACGCCUCGACGAUGCACGCACUCUCAACGAGAUGACACUAGAGAUACGCAAAUUAAUUAUGGACAUCGAUGCAAAUCGUAACAAAUGCGGCCACUUUUUGACCGAUGAAAUGUACGUUAACUAUCAGAAUGAAAUGCACAUCACACGAACCGAUACGCGACGGUACAAACAAGAAUUGAAGGUGGUGAAUGAACAAGGCGAUGAUUUGGAUUGCACUUUUUCCAACGUUAAUUCAACGCUGUGCGUUAAAAGGGACGAACUGGAAAAACUUCAAACGAUUGCAUCGACGAAACAAAGACACGUGCAGAUCCUAUCGAAUGUAACGAAACAGCGUGAAAUGAAGAUUAAUCGACAUAGUGCCACCGAAAAAACCAUCACCGAACAAGCCGCCGAAAUUACCGCAGUAGUCAGAGAAGUCUUAGUUGAUAAAUCAAAUCUUGAUGACUCGGUGGCACGGUAUAGGGUGGCGGAUGCACGUUUGAUUCAAACGGUUCUUGACUUCCAAGCAGAUAUGAAACGAAAGUUAGACGGUCUGAAAGAACAUUCAACCGCGACUCGAACGAUUGUUGAUGCAAAACUACAAAAGACUGGCGAUCUUGAAAGAGCCUUCACGCGUAAUGCAAAUUUGCUGAUCAAGGUGAUAAAAACGAAAUCCCUUGCAAUUUUGGAUCAGUUGGAAGUGAAUCUUACGAAGGAAACGAACAAAUGGAAUGAUAAUAAAAAUGAUUUCAGUGAUUAUCUGGUGUCGCAUCUCAAGUCAUCGGAAUUGAAUCAUACACUUUACAAAGAGUUUGCCGAAAAAUUGGGCGAACAAUCGAAUACAAUAGAACUAUCUUACAAAGAGCUCAGAGAAUUGUACCUGAACCACUUUAUCACAGUGAAUAAAAUGGUCGACGACAUCAAGCAGCGAAUGAAAUCUCACAGCGAAAAAGUGUCUGGGAUGAUUAGUGCAAUGCAUUCAUCGGUUGGAGAAUGUGUCGAUAUUGGUAGCACUAUUGAUGAUAAAAUGCAACUGAUUUACGAGCAAAUGCGUACAGUCGUUGUUCAAAUCCAACAAAAUGCGUCCGGAAUCAAGAAUACGAUUGAACCAAACUUGCAAGCCACGGAAAAGAAUGUGCAGCAAAUGAAAAUGGAAAUAGUUGAAUCGUUGGAUGCUCAUUUAAUUGCGGUAAAUGAACAAAGGGCAUUAUUCACACAUCCACAGCUAUCCAAUGAUUUUCGUACAAAGCAAACUGAACUCAAAGACAUCGUUGAGAAGAAAAUGGUAUUGGGUAAUGAUUUGCUGGAAAAUGUGGCCAUAAACAAUACCUCAGCCAUAGAUACCAGUCGAAAGUACAUUGAUACUAUUACCAAGAGCUUACCAUCGAAACGUGAUAUUAUUGAAGUCAAUAGUGAAAUCUCAAUUCUCCAAAGUGAUUUGAAUGGAAAUCAAUCCCGUUUAUCAGAACAAUACAAGGCGAAUGCAGAGGUGCUCAAUGGAAUCUCAUCGGACACACAAUCAAUGUCGAAGAAAAUGACGCAUGAAAUCUCUGCAUGUUGUAAUCAAUUGAAAUACUUUUGCGAAAUGGACUUUUGUGAAUACGAGCCAUUAGGUGAAACACCAGUGAAACGUGAUUUUGAUACAAAUAUUUCAUUGGCUGCAACCACUCCACUUGAUCGAAUCAAACAACGCUUUCGUGAUAGGUUUUCGCAAAUCAACGGCGCCAGUCCGGGCAACUAUUCAUUUUUAAGCAAUUAACUGUCUUCAAGACAAACAUUUUUUUUUUCUCUUUCAAGAUUAGAUUAUGAUUUUUUAUUUCUCACAAAAUACUAAAUUUUACAUUCUUUGGAAACGAAUAAGAAAAAAAAUCUCUAAAACACCGACCAAAUGAAACGAAAAGACUCAACAUUUUCACUCAAUAAAUCAAAAUUAUGUGUAAUUCUUAAAAUAA